AUAGGGACACCCUUCUCUGAAAGAUAGCAUUGUAAGGGACAGGUCGCCGUCCAAUUCUUACUUUUUCUCCAAUCUUCUCUCCGUUUCCAGUCUGCAGCUGAGAGCUGUCGUUGAUGACUUUGGCUGUCAUUUCAGCGUGGUGUUGAAGUCCUUAUACAGUCACUGAAUUGGAAACAUACUCUUUGGAUCUGGCACAAUGGUGUGGUUUAGAGCUGGGUCUGGUGUUACAAAACUUGUUGUGAGGAGGAUCCUCUCGCAGGGUGGAUCCUAUGCUGCAAGAACAAGGGUUCUUCCCGCUCAAAAUCGGUACUUUCAUUCGACUGUCUUCAGACAGAAAGCCCAAAGUGCUCCGGUUCCCCGGCCUGUCCCACUCUCCAAGCUAACUGAUAGCUUCUUAGAUGGGACGAGUAGUGUAUAUCUGGAGGAGCUACAAAGGGCAUGGGAAGCUGAUCCAAAUAGCGUAGAUGAGUCGUGGGACAAUUUCUUCAGGAAUUUUGUUGGCCAGGCUGCAACCUCUCCUGGCAUAUCGGGUCAAACAAUUCAAGAGAGUAUGCGCUUGUUGUUACUUGUGAGGGCUUAUCAGGUGAACGGUCACAUGAAAGCCAAAUUGGAUCCACUAGGUUUGGAACAGAGACCGAUUCCUGAAGACCUAGACCUGGCUCUCCAUGGAUUCACAGAGGCUGAUCUUGAUAGGGAGUUCUUCCUGGGAGUGUGGAGAAUGUCGGGAUUUCUAUCUGAAAACCGUCCAGUGCAAACACUUCGCUCCAUAUUGACACGGCUUGAGCAGGCGUACUGUGGGAAUAUCGGAUAUGAGUAUAUGCACAUCCCAGAUCGUGACAAAUGCAACUGGCUGAGAGAAAAGAUCGAAACACCAACUCCUCAGCAGUACAACAGGGAGAGGCGUGAGGUGAUUCUUGAUCGUCUUGUAUGGAGUACUCAGUUCGAGAAUUUCUUGGCUACCAAGUGGACAACAGCUAAGAGAUUCGGGCUCGAAGGUGGAGAGUCUUUGAUUCCUGGCAUGAAGGAGAUGUUUGACAGAGCAGCUGACCUCGGAGUAGAGAGCAUUGUGAUCGGAAUGCCUCAUAGAGGAAGAUUAAACGUUUUGGGUAACGUUGUUCAACUGUCGACCCGUCAAAUAUUUAGCGAGUUCAGUGGCGGGAUUAGGCCUUCGGAUGAAGUUGGAUACACUGGAACUGGUGAUGUGAAAUAUCACCUUGGAACUUCCUAUGACCGACCUACGAGAGGAGGGAAGAGAAUCCAUCUUUCUUUGGUAGCAAACCCUAGUCACUUAGAAGCUGUCGACCCAGUUGUUGUUGGAAAAACCAGAGCAAAGCAAUACUACUCAAAGGAUGAGAACAGGACCAAGAAUAUGGCUAUUCUGAUUCAUGGAGAUGGUAGUUUUGCAGGACAAGGGGUAGUAUAUGAAACCCUUCAUCUUAGCGCUCUUCCAAACUACACCAGUGGUGGUACCAUUCAUAUUGUGGUUAACAACCAAGUAGCUUUCACGACUGAUCCAAAGUCCGGGAGAUCUUCCCAGUACUGUACCGAUGUUGCCAAGGCCUUGAAUGCUCCCAUCUUUCAUGUGAAUGCUGAUGAUGUUGAAGCUGUGGUCCAUGUCUGUGAGCUUGCUGCUGAGUGGAGGCAGACUUUCCAUUCAGACGUCGUCGUUGAUUUGGUUUGUUACCGUAGGUUCGGGCAUAAUGAAAUAGAUGAACCAUCUUUCACACAGCCGAAAAUGUAUAAGGUUAUUCGCAACCACCCCUCUACCCUUCAAAUCUAUCAGAACAAACUCUUGGAGUCUGGUCAGGUAUCCCGAGAAGAUAUCGACCGGAUACUUGCAAAGGUCAAUUCAAUCCUAAGUGAAGAAUUUGUCAAUAGCAAAGACUAUGUUCCGAAAAAACGAGACUGGCUUUCAACCAACUGGGCUGGAUUCAAGUCUCCUGAACAGAUUUCUCGUGUCAGAAACACUGGCGUCAAGCCAGAAAUACUGAAGACUGUUGGCAAGGCAAUCGUGUCGCUCCCUGAUAAUUUUAAGCCUCACAGGGCAGUGAAGAAGGUUUAUGAACAACGUGCUCAGAUGAUCGAAUCAGGAGAAGGUAUUGACUGGGCACUUGCAGAAGCUCUAGCUUUUGCCACCUUAGUUGUGGAAGGAAACCAUGUCCGACUGAGCGGUCAGGAUGUCGAAAGAGGAACCUUUAGCCAUCGCCAUUCCGUGCUUCAUGAUCAGGAAACAGGAGAAAAGUAUUGUCCUCUAGAUCAUGUCGUCAUGAAUCAAGAUCCCGAGAUGUUUACUGUCAGCAACAGCUCUCUUUCGGAAUUUGGUGUCCUCGGGUUCGAAUUGGGUUACUCCAUGGAAAAUCCAAAUUCUUUGGUACUGUGGGAAGCUCAGUUUGGAGACUUUUCCAAUGGAGCUCAGGUAAUAUUUGAUCAGUUCCUCAGCAGUGGAGAGGCCAAGUGGCUGCGUCAAACAGGGCUUGUUUUGUUACUUCCACAUGGUUAUGACGGGCAGGGACCAGAACACUCAAGUGCGAGACUGGAGCGUUUCCUUCUGAUGAGUGAUGAUAAUCCCUAUGUCAUACCGGAGAUGGAACCGACUAUGCGAAAGCAAAUCCAAGAAUGUAACUGGCAGAUUGUCAAUGUCACAACUCCGGCCAACUACUUCCAUGUCCUGAGACGACAGAUACACAGAGAUUUCCGUAAACCUCUCAUUGUGAUGUCCCCAAAGAACUUGCUGCGUCACAAGGAAUGCAAAUCAAAUCUCUCGGAGUUCGACGAUGUCCAAGGCCACCCGGGAUUUGACAAGCAAGGAACAAGAUUUAAGCGCCUGAUUAAGGAUCAGAACGAUCACUCUGAUCUCGAAGAAGGCAUCAGAAGAUUGGUACUUUGCUCUGGGAAGGUUUACUAUGAGCUUGACGAAGAGCGAAAGAAGAAAUCUGCAAGCGACGUUGCUAUCUGCAGAGUGGAACAGCUUUGUCCUUUCCCGUAUGAUCUCAUCCAGCGUGAGCUGAAGAGAUAUCCGAAUGCAGAGAUAGUAUGGUGCCAAGAGGAGCCGAUGAACAUGGGAGCAUACAGCUACGUGUCUCCGCGGCUGUGCACUGCCAUGAGAUCACUCGGCCGGGGGGACAGAGAGGACAUCAAGUACGUGGGGCGUGGUCCAUCCGCAGCCACUGCAACCGGCUUCUACCAAGUCCACGUCAAGGAGCAGACCGAUCUCGUCAACAGAGCCAUCCAGAAAGACCCUAUCAAUUACCCUUUCUGAGUUUUCUUCCUUUUUUUUUAAAGAAAAAAUAAUAAUAAGAAAGAAACUCUUGUGUAAUUCUACAAAACAAAACAACUUGCAAAACCCAAGUCCUAUGAUUGUUUUGUCUAUCCAUUGAUUGUAGCCUGUCGGUGCAGGUAAAACGUUCAUCACUGAUUCACAAAAUUUUAUAGUCUU